CCCACUUCCCCCCCCCCACCCCUCUCAACAACCUCCGUCCCGUUCCUCCCUUCUCUCUCUCUCUCUCUCUCUCUCUCUUCGGAUUUCCAUACACCAAAACGGAAACCCACCUCACUCCCGUUCCCCCCCUCUUUGAUUUGAUUCCCAACCCUUAUAAUCCAUUCCCAUUCUCUCCCCAAAAAAAAAUAAAAAAUGAGCUGCUUCUCUUGCUGUACUUGAUUGACAAACAAAUUUGGAGAUUCUCGGAAUCGGAAUCCAUGGCGUCAACACUGAUCUCGAAUCCCGUAACCACCUCCGACCGGCCUCGCGAUUCAUCUAGAAUACAACGCAAGAAGAAGAAGAAGCUGCAGGCCAAACAGGACCACCACCUUCUCGUUCAACACUCCCAAACCAAAUGGAAAUCCGAAGCCCAGCAGCAAAUUUACUCCUCCAAAUUGCUCCAGGCGCUGAACCAGGUCUCCUCCGCUGAGCCCAGGAGCCAGUCGUCGUCGUCGUCCACGUGUCCUCCUCCUCCUCCUCGACGGGGUCGGGCCGUCCGUGAGGCCGCCGACCGGGUCCUGGCCGUGGCCGCCAAGGGGAGGACCCGCUGGAGCCGGGCCAUUCUCACCAACCGGCUCAAGCUCAAGUUCCGGCAGCACAGGAAGCAGCAGAGGGCGGCGGCGGCCACCGGGACCGGCCGGUUGAAGAAGCAGAAGUUCAGCGUUUUCCGGUUGAAGGGGAAGGGCUUGCCGGCUGUGCAGAGGAAGGUCCGGGUGCUCGGCCGGUUGGUCCCCGGUUGCCGGAAGCAGCCGCUGCCGGUGAUUCUAGAAGAGGCUACUGAUUAUAUUGCGGCGUUGGAGAUGCAGGUCCGAGCCAUGAGCCGGCUCACACAGCUGCUUUCAGUAUCCGGUUCUACUUCCGGCGCCGGCGGAUCAAGUUCUUCGCCGCCGCCCAGUUGAUCAGACCCCACCACCAGUGGCAAAUCGCCAUGUGUCACUCUUUUUAUAUUUUUAUUUUAUUGUUCUUCUUCGUCUCUCUUUCUGUGCAAGUAAUGCUCAUCAUCAUCACCAUGAAUCAAGUCCCCUCUGUUCAAAAUCAAUGUCUCUGUUAAAUACCUGUGUCUAGCUUUAAGGAAAAGCUUUUUUUCUUUUUCAAGUAAUUUUAUUCUAUCAGCCUCUCACAUCCAAGUUUGGAAAAACAAGAAGGAAAAUUUAAUAGAAUAAUUUUGAACUGCUGGAUUAGAAUUUUCACCUGAA